AUGAUCACUCAAAGGAUGGAAGAAACCGUGGAUGAGAUAAAUAAAGAAAAAAUAGAACAUGAAAAAAUUCUCUAUGAAUUGAGUAGCAUAAAGCAUCUGAAUCAAAAGCUAGAGAUCGAUAAUAUUGUGCAUGUGAAUGAAAGCAAAAUAAAGAUAGAGGAAUUAUCUGAAACAUAUCUCCACAAAUAUGAGCUUCUCGAUACAGGAAAGGCUAGAGAUUUAUUGAAAGAGAAAAGUAAUCUAAUACUCAAAGAAGAGUUAGAUAAGAUUGAAUUAUCUGCAAAUUAUGAGAGAAAAAAUGUUGCUCAGAAGUUCAACAAAAUGGUAGCUUUAAUCAUUUUGUUAUACAUUAUCUCUUUAAAGGUGGAACAUGAGAAUGAAACAUUUACCAAAAACAUGAGAAAUCUAGAACAAAAAAUAUUAGUGUUAAAAGAAAUGAUUUCUAGCAAGAAUGAAGAGAAAAAGAAAAUAGUAUCCGAUCAAACAAUUCGUACUAGUCAUGAAGAUGUCAUAAAGUAA